AGAUAAAUCAUAUGGGCUUUUUUAAUUAGGCCUGAUAAAUAUGGGCCUAGUUAUAUACUUUUGCAAUAACUAUCAUCAACACGUAACAUCAAGAAUUGAUGAGCGAUUGCUAUUUACGUCCAACGUUGUUCCCCUUUUGAAAACCUGAAACAUUAAGAAACAGAAGCUCUGUUUUGUUUCUAUUUUCAUAAGAGUGUAGGUUGAAUUAUUGUUCUCUGACUCCCUCUCUCAUAUUGAAUCUCCAUCUUAUCUUCUCUCUUUCACCUCCUUUGCUCCAUCUCUCUCUUACACGGCCUUGGAAGUAACAACUGAAAGGAUCUCAAGUCCUAGAGAACGGAGAAGAUGAAGACUCAAGGUUCCAACGGAGAUCUCAGUCAGAAAUUCUUUAGAGUCUACAUACCAAAUGUCACCGAAGAUAACAUGAAUCUCCCUUUUGUUUCGAACAUGAUCUCAGGAACGCCUCUUCCUCGGAAAGUGACAGUUAGAAGCGUGUCCUCCGGAAACACUUGGAGGAUGGAAAUGACAACGAACCGUGAGAGUGAUACCGUGUUUCUCCGGGACGGAUGGAAGAAGAUCUUCAAGGACGAGAAUCUGAUAGAGCCAAUAUUCUUGGUCUUUGAGUUUGAUGGUUCUCGUGUGUUCCACUUCUGCGUGUACGAGCACAGUUCCAUGUGUAAGAGGAUGAGAUCCCAUAUAGAACAAGAAGUGAUUGAAGUGGAGAGUGACGAAGAAUGUGAAGAUGAUGAUGGUGAUGAUGUGACUGUAGAGGAUGAAGAGAGCACAAAAGGGUCUGAUGAGUGGCCAGGAAGGAAAGAAAGAGGUGGUACAAGUAGGAAGACGGACAGUCAUGAUAAGCUUGAUGAAUAUCUAGACGACGAACUUAAUCCGUCUUUUCCGGUUGACCUGACUCAGCCAAGAUUGCGCAUACCGUCUAUACUUAUAAAGGACUACAACUUGACAUUUUCCAACUUGGUUAUUGUACGUGACAAGAUUGGGAAAAUGAAGAGGAGAAUCUCGGUUUGGAAGAACAGAUCAGUGUAUCUCAAUGGACUUAGCAGUGUCAUCCGGAGGAAUCAUGUGAAGCCAGGUGAUAAAAUGUUAUGCGAACUAAGGAUGGUUGAUGGUUAUCACGGUCUGGUUCAUGAAAUCAAGGUCCACAUUAUCAAAGGCUGAUCAAGAUGGUGUUCUUCUGUCUUUGGGAUGAUUGACAUGUUUAGGCUAUCUAUGUUGUUAGUGUUGAAUACGUUACUUUCGCAUUUGUGUUGUUAUGCAUUCCC